CCGAGUUCCUGAUACAUAUGAAAUGAACCCCGUCGGCUUCUCUGACUAUUCCAUUCAGUUCCUUUUCUUCCCUUCUUCUUCUUCUUCUCCUCCUCCCUUCACCAUCUCCCCACCAAAACCCCUGGCUUGUCCCGUCUGUCGUUACACAGCUUAGCUCUUGUCGACCCAUCUCGUAUCUCUCUGCACAUAUAUCCGCCGUUUAGCGUCCUCUCCCCCUUUUGCUGCUGCUGCUCUCCUUCGUUGAAGCAUCAUCACGACAAGAACAUCACAAUAGUGUUCCCACGCCCGCAAUCACUGACCGUACAUCCUCGGAGGAAGAGCCGCCAGUCCGUUUCGUCAACAUCAGGCCUCCUCACCGAAUCGUCGACCACUUUUUAGCACCCUGGCCGUCCAAAACAAAACAAAAAAACUGUCACCCGGACACACCUCGAACCAUCAACAUCUUCUGGAAAAGGCUUCGAUCCCAGCCCGUAUACAUAAACAAACGUCGAAAUGCCUUCGUUCAAGAGUACCCUCUUCGCUGUGGUUGCGGCCUUCGUCGCUACCGCCCAGACCGACUACGUUAUCGACCCUUCUAGUGUCCGUCUGUCCGUAAGGCAGGGCUGGUGUCAAGACCAGAAGGCCUCGUGCCCCGUCAUCUGCCGAGAGAUCUCGAACAAGCCCGUCCAGGUCAAUGAAUGCGAUCCCCAAGCCCUUACCUACGGCUGCAUAUGCGGCAACGGCCAGCAGCCCAACAUGUCCGAGUACUCUGUGACACUGCCGUACCACGUCUGCCAAGAGUACGGCAAUCAGUGCGUUGCCAACUGCGGCCUCGGCUCCAACACGUGCUCCAACGACUGCCGCGUCAACAACCCGUGCGGCGCCCAGAACCCUACGCGCGUUAACACGACGUCGAGCGCCGGCGCUGACGCGACGGCCUCUGCUACGGCCACCGAGUCCGCCAACGCCGUCUUCACCGGUAUCGCUGGCGAGAACGGCAGCUCGGGCUCUGGCUCCAGCGCCGCCGCGACCCUGGAAAUGGGUCGCAGCGCCGGAUUGGCCGUCAUUGUUGGUAGCGUGCUCGGUGCCGUCGCGUUUCUGCUUUAGGUAAACGGUCAACAACCGGCCGGCUUGACGGAAGGAGUCGGCGGGAGGCAGAAGAGAAACAAGAGAAAGAAAGAGAAGGAGAGGAGGGAGGCUCAUGGGAGAGGUGUGGGGGUUUUUGUCGUGUGUCUCCCGCCUCGUCCACUCUUUUAUACCCUCUUGCACAAAGCUUUUUUCUAUUUACCACAUGCUCGGCGUUACACGGGCGCGGGAUCGAAAUGACGGGCGGCAGGGGGGGUCCGUUCGGCAUGACGCAAAACAAAUUAAUGUCUUUUAAUACUCCUACUUCUUUUCCAGGCAGAACACGGCAUCAACAGGAAAAGACGGGCCGAGGAUGAGGGUAAUGGGUGAAAUGUUAUUAGGUUUUAUAGCGUUUUUGGCGAGUCGUCUGCAGGAAUAAUGUCGACGAAGAGUCGGACUAGAAGAAUGAAAUCAGAAGCAAAAUGGAGGUUCCACGGUAGAUGAAAAUGAAGAAAAAGGAAUCAGUGUCUCGUGCCAACGCCCCUACUACUUAGCGUUCAGGACCCCUCACGUCUUCC